AUGAAGAGACACCCAUUAGGAAUGGUGGGGCAACGACAAAAUCACAAAGUCACAGGGAAAAGAUCACAUGAGAGAAAGAAAAAAGAAGAGCGUCUUUUUGAAGAAAGGGAGCAUCUUUCUUCAUCCAUGGAACUAAUCCCACAUCAAACUUGUGCGUUUGCUAACGCAAAGAUAUUAAAGUUUAUACCAAAAUUGCCGGUUAAGGUAUACUUAGAAAUGCGGGCAGAAGAGAAAGUAACUGAAAUAAAAAACUAUGAUACUUCUCCAGGUGUCAUCUUCCCAAUGGUCUCACAUAAGGAGACUACAGUUAUGGGGGAUAUGGCAUCAGCACAACUAUUCGUGAAACACUUGGGGCUGUGGCUAAAGCAGUGUAAAGCAAAUAGAAAUAGCAACACCAACAAGGCUCAAAUGGAUGAACAUGGCAAAUCACAAGUUAAGAAGCAUUGGGUGAGGGAACUGCAAUUGAACAUUGGGGAAAUGGUUGCACUGAUUAAGCAAAGUAAAUCUGUAGCAUUUGAGACUUGUCUCAUGAUGGCACACUCUAUGUCAAGCUGUGUUGAAACAUCAGAGAUUAUAGAAUGGUUGCAGGAAAGGCGUUCAUUGUUUCAGUGUAUCGAAGAAUUGAUGACUCAGCUGUCUGCAUCAGAGAGGGCUGUGAUGCAACCUAAUUAUUCUAGAUUGUGUGAAGAUGCUGCCAUUCUCACGAAUAAUAUAUUGGGAUGGAUGAAGAUCAUAAAGGAAACAUUUGGGUAUGACAUAUUAGAGGCUACCAUAUUAUUGGAGCUAGUUUUCCAAGGAGAUCUACAAGAGAGUUUCUUGCAUCGUUUUAUUGUUGCAAAAGGUUAUUUGAGCCAAAAAUUUGAUCCAAAUGACUCUUUUUUUGGGGCAUCGCACUUGAUAAGUGAAUCGAAGGCGGCAAAAAAAAAAAAAACACCAAAUGCUUAA